GACACGUCGAGUUCUGGAGGUGGAGCUCCGGGAGCCGCUCUGGUUGAAGGUUUAGACAGAUGUGGAAAGAUGUUCACUUCAGAAAAAGGGGUUGUGGAGGAAUGGUUGUCAGAAUUUAAGACACUACCAGAAACAUCUUUACCAAAUUAUGCCACAAAUUUGAAAGAUAAGAGUUCUUUAGUUUCAUCUCUUUAUAAAGUUAUCCAGGAGCCACAAAGUGAGUUGCUAGAACCUGUCUGUCACCAGCUCUUUGAAUUCUAUCGCAGUGGAGAGGAGCAGUUACUCCGAUUUACACUGCAGUUUCUUCCAGAACUGAUUUGGUGCUACCUUGCGGUCUCAGCCAGCAGAAAUGUGCAUAGCAGUGGAUGCAUUGAAGCUCUUCUCCUAGGGGUUUACAAUUUGGAAAUAGUUGACAAACAGGGACAUAGCAAAAUAUUGAGUUUUACGAUUCCAUCUUUAUCCAAACCGUCUGUGUAUCAUGAACCUUCCAGCAUUGGGUCCAUGGCUCUGACUGAAAGUGCACUAUCCCAGCAUGGUUUGUCAAAAGUGGUGUACAGUGGACCUCACCCCCAAAGGGAGAUGCUGACAGCACAGAAUAGGUUUGAAGUGUUGACAUUCCUUUUGUUGUGUUACAAUGCUGCCUUAACCUAUAUGCCCAGUGUUUCUCUUCAAUCAUUGUGUCAGAUUUGUUCAAGAAUCUGUGUUUGUGGAUAUCCCAGACAACAUGUCAGAAAAUACAAAGGUGUAAGUAGCAGGAUACCAGUUUCUUCAGGAUUCAUGGUGCAGAUGUUAACAGGGAUUUAUUUUGCUUUUUAUAAUGGAGAGUGGGAUCUAGCUCAAAAAGCAUUGGAUGAUAUUAUAUACAGAGCCCAGUUAGAGUUAUAUCCAGAGCCAUUGCUGGUUGCUAAUGCAAUAAAGGCUUCAUUGCCUCACGGUGCCAUGAAAUCUAGUAAGGAGGGUACAAGGUGUAUUCAAGUUGAAAUCACACCAACUUCCUCUAGAAUAUCAAGAAAUGCAGUAACCAGCAUGUCAAUAAGAGGUCAUAGGUGGAAAAGACAUGGAAAUACAGAAUUAACUGGUCAAGAAGAACUGAUGGACAUAUCUGAAGCUGACGAGGGAUUUUAUUCCAGGGCUGCAUCUAGUACCAGCCAGUCAGGAUUAUCAAACAAUAAUAGUCACAAUUCUAGUAAGCCAAGUGUAGGAAAGACUCAGAGACGGUCAGGAGGAAGCAAAACUGGAGGAAAAGAAAAAGAAACUACAGGGGAGUCUUGCAAAGAUCACUUUGCUCGAAAACAAACUCAGAGAGCCCAAAGUGAGAACCUUGAGCUUCUCUCUUUGAAGAGACUGACGUUAACAACCAGCCAGUCCCUGCCCAAACCUAACAGCCAUGGUUUGGCUAAGACUGCUGCAACUGUGUUUAGUAAAUCCUUUGAACAAGUUAGUGGUGUCACAGUCCCACCUAACCCAUCCUCUGUUGUUGGCUGUGGGAGUGGGACAGAUGCCAAUAGGUUUUCUGCUUGUAGUCUCCAAGAAGAGAAGCUUAUUUACGUUUCUGAAAGGACUGAACUUCCAAUGAAGCACCAGUCAGGUCAGCAGAGACCUCCUAGUAUUAGCAUUACUUUGUCCACAGACUAAUCUGUAAGAGUUUUCUCAUGUGACCAGUGAAUCUAGAAACGUGGCUUUGCUUCUUUAUGAAAGUGUGCAGGGUCUUUCAUCCCUGUUCCUGACGGAGCCCCAAUGUCUUAAGUUCUGAAGGCUUUAUCAAGGGAAUGAUGUCUAGGUUGAGUAAGUUGAAAUAUGGUUUUGUUAUUUUUUUGGUUGUGUUUUUUUCUUUGUUUCUGUUGCCCUGAGGUUGUCAGUGUGAUGAUACAUUUUGGCAGGUUGGUUACAUCUCCUGAGGUUGUGAGUUUUCCGCCCCCUCCCCAGCAACUCCUGUUUUGGCAGAUGUAAGUUAGGCCUUCGGAAUAAAAGGAAAUCUCCAUGGAUGGGAACUGUUUUUCAAAGGAUGAAGCAGAGGUGCAACUCCAGGAAUUGUACAGCUGGCUAUGCAGCAGCCAGUUUUGAAAAACGGGCACAUGAAAAAACAAAAAUGAUGUGAAAAGUGCCUGAUGUGAAUGAUUGUAACUAGACCAUCUUUCAGAUUAGUAGAACAAUUUAUAUAAAGCACUGAAAGUGCUUGGUGGCUUAGAACCUAGACUAUUAUAUGAUUCCAAGGGAUGGGCAGAGGAAUUUCUGUUGCAAUCUUUGGAACAUUUUUAUGUCAAAAGUCAAUUUGCUAGUAGAUGUGUUGUUUUGAAGUGUUUGAUCUGGAUUGAGCAGAUGAAUCCCUUCCGAUUUCAUGUAAUAGACCAUAUAGCUGACUUACCCUGCUGCUUGAUUUCAGAAAUCCUAGUUAGUUUAGAUUCCUAUAAUUCAAAGCACACAUCAUUGAAGACUUCCUGGAAAUCGUAAAUCUUACAGCACAGCUCUCAAGAUGCCAGUGUCAAUCAUAUUGUUUGUCUGCAAAUGAAGGAAGUUAGUUUAGGUAAAUUGUUUAUCUAAAAAAUGUCAUAAAAAAAUAAAGAGUGAAAUGGAUAAAGGAUAUUUACAUAUGAACUAAUUUAGGGUUUAUGUUUGUGUUCUUAAAUUUAAAAUUAUAAAAUAUGAAAAAAAUGUGUUCUCUAUUUUGUGAACAGGCCUGUUUUUUUAAUGUUUUUGUUAUGAUGGAAAGAAUAAUCGAUGUAGUUACCCCCAACGAAAAAAUAAAAAAGGCAACACAGUAGAAGCUGAGCAAACUCAUAUGUAGCUUUAGAGAACUAUGUGACCUCUAAAUGGAUGUGAAAGCUUGGUGUUUGCUAGUGAUGGUCAUUCAGCUAUGGUUGAGUUUGCCUGUAAGUCAAGAAUAUUUAAGUAAUAAUUCAGAGUAAGAGAGAGAGCAAGACUGAGGAUGAGAGUAAGCUGACAGGGAAAGAAGGCCUUGGGAGCUGUCCACUGUUCUCUUUGACUGUUGGUACACAGUGGCUUCCUUACCUAGCUGGGGUCACACAGACAAAAUGCUCGUUUUCUUCUUAUACCUGCUUGUGCAGAGCUUAAAUAUGUGAAAAAUGUGUGUUGAGUGCUAACACAUUUACAAUAUAAAUGCAGUCCUGACCAUAACUGCUUUGGCUACUAUUUUAAAUCUAAUUAUUCAAAAGGCAUGAACUCAUUUUCAUUCAUUAACCUUGAAUAGAAAAUGGUUUUUCACAUAAGUAAAUUUGAUUGUUGUAGUCCAGUAACAGAAAUGGAAUAAGGUCUCUUGACAUAAAUUGAAGUUAAAAAAAAGAAAAGAAGGCAACCAGACAGUGAAAGCUGAUAUAGUAUUAAUUUAAUAGGAAUCCUGUGUACAAUUUAAAAUGUUUGUAAAAAUGUCACUGUGAAUUUCCUGUUGUCUUUUUGUAAUUCUUUAGCAAAGAAUUUCCCUUAGGCAUAACUACUAGCAGUAUUAAUAGUCUUAAGAACUAAUUUAAAAGAUCAGCAUUUUAAGCAAGUUAAGAUGCUUGGGAAAUACUGUAGAAUAAGUUUGUGGAGACAUUAGCUGGCACAAAUGAGAAGUGAGAUCUUAAUGUGUGACUGCUAUAAUGGAAACUGAUUUUGGUAUUAUUCUAGAUCAUUGCCACUCAUGUGGUCUGAGGACUGGUAUGUAACAUUGAUAUCACCUGGCAUCUUGUUAAAAAUGCAGAAUUUUAGUCAUUCUAGAUCUACUGAAUCAUAAUCUACGUUUUAGCAAGAUCCUCGAGUGAUUUUUACGUGUGAUAAAGUUUGAGAAGAGAAUAUCAAAGUGCAGGCAAAUCACUUAUCUAAUAUUUAGAGUUUUCAGUGGUCUCACAACCCUAGAUCAAAUAUGUUAGAUACUAGCUCAUUAUAAUCUUCAUUGUUUUAAUGGCAAGUUAAUUUUUUAAUAGUGUCAAUAACACUUGACUUUUUAAGUCCUCUAGUUCUAAAUCUUUUAAUGAUUUUUAUUUUACAAUAAAAAUGUAACAUGUUAUAUUUUUCUUGUUAACCAUAGAUGGAAUCAGAGCUGUAGAUGUCUAUAAUUUUAAGUGCCAGGAGGAGUACCACACUUUUAUAAAAUCUGCACGUGUAUAUUCUUUUAAAAACUCUGAAGGCUCACUAAGUGGAGUGGUUCUGAAUUUUUGCAAUGACUAACUUCUGUCAGUUAAUUUUCUGGAGUAUGGAGUUAUAUAUUAACAGUAAAAUUCUUUUAUAGUACCUUUGAUACUAUUUCAAAUAAGAAUUAUACAUUUGAAAUUUUCAUAGCUAUUAUAAUAUUGGAUAAUGCUAACUAUGAUAGCAAUUGUAAUUGUCCCUACUAUUCUCACCCCACUCACCUGUCCAAAUUUGAAAGUUGGGGUGGCUUUUGUAGGUCAUUUUCUCAUGAAGAUGCUAUUGUGACCAUUUGGCCACACACCUACAUAUCCAGAAUAACACUUUUUAUCAUGAGAAGGACUCUGCACAAGGUUGGGGCCUUGUACCCUAUUGCUCAGAGGAUGUGAGCAGGAAUUGUAGCUCCACUCCACAUUUUAAACCUCUUACUCUUAAAAUACCCAAAUAUCUGUGGUAUUCUAGUGAAACUGGGUCCCAGCAUUUGCCUUUUAGAAUCCAAGUGGGGAGUGAAACAAAAGAUUUUCAAGGGAAGCAGAGUAGACUUUUCCCAGGGGACCCAGGGCAAGUAAGCACCCUGGAAUCCUUUGUACACCAUCAAUGAACUUUUUAAGGACCUCUGUAGACCUGUAGAGUAGAAUUCUGUCUUUAAGUGAUGACAAAGUUCAUUUUGAAAAAGCAAUAUUUUAUUGUCCUUUUCAAUUAUGAUGUAACGGCUUAGCAAACAUUACUUAUUUAAAAAUAAAAAUUUGAAUUAAAGGGAAAUAUAUUUUUUAAACCAAAAUAGGUAAAGAAUCUCAGUUGUAAGGGAUUUUGCCUAUUUUGGAAGAAUAAAAUUGAAGUGUUAAAAUCUUUAAGUUACAGGAAAAAAUGUACUCAGAAUUUUAAACAAAUAUUUAAAGUAGGCUAUUAAAACUUGAGUCUCUAGGCACAAUACAUUUACACUCUAUUAAAGGGAAGCACUCAAGGAAAUAUAUAUGUUAAAUAAUGUAACUGAAAAAAUAUUUUUUAAAAAGCCAUUUAAAAAGAAGGAAUAAUUUGAUGGGCACUUAAACUAAGCACUGUAGAUAGAAAUUAAUGUAUAAUAGUGUUUUCCCAGCCUUUGGAUGAAAAAUAAAAAACUCUCCAGCUCUUUAAUUAGCAUGAACUUACGCUUUUAGAUUUGCUCCUUAGUAAAAUUAUACUCAAUACUUUGACUUACAUUUGUGUUCAGUAUUGUUAGAUCCUUCAUCAGAGAACAUAAAUAUGCUGUCUUCUAUACUUUGUAACUUGUGCACAUCUAAAGACACUAGCAGUGAACAUUUGGAAGAUAUUUUUGUGGUUUUUUAAGAGUUCUAGAGUACCUACCUGUGUCUUGCUGUGAAGUUUCUAGUAGUAAACUCCACAUUCUAUUUCACACACUGUUGCUUCCUCUGAAGUGGAGUUUAUUGUGUACCUCUUCUCUUUACUUCUGAUCAUGUAGCGAUACUAAUUUUUUCAUAGUAACUGUUCCUGUUUCUAAUUGUAUUCCAGAGUUUACAUUCCUAAAGAAUAAACUAUGACUUUGGAUAUUUUUAUGUGUUCUUGACCUUUUUAACACUAUGGAAAUUAACUGGAGUUUAGUUUUUUGAAGUUUUAUAUAUUUGUGUAAAUGGUUUCGAUAUACAAUACUUUAUACAACAGUGUUGACUCUCAUUAAAAUAAAAACUGAAAA